AUGGCGGAGGAUCAAAGGUUUGCUAUAAAAUUUUUAGUUUUGAAGAGAAAAAGUAAAAAUGAAGUUGUGAGAGAAAUAAAGAGUACCUUUGGCGAUAGUUCAAUGUCCAAAACAAGAAUUUAUGUUUGGUAUGACAGAUUUAACAACGGCUGGGAAAAUGCGUAUGAUUUACCACGGAGUGGCUGGAAAGUGACGUCGACGCACGAUAAGAACGUUACAAGGGUGAAAGAUCUCAUUAACAGUGAUAGGCAGUUAACUGUCAGAGAAAUAUGUAAUAAACUGAACUUGUCAUAUGGUACUGUCCAUACAAUCUUAAAGAAAAAGUUAAAUAUGAGAAAAGUUGCUGCACGUUUGAUUCCAAAACUGUUGAAUUGUGAACAAAAGAAAAUGCGCAUUGAGGCUGCUAGGAACUUUCUGCACAAAUACCACGCACUAGGUGAAGCUUUUAUCAACAGUAUAGUUACAGUAGAUGAAACACGGAUUCCUCUGUACAACCCUGAAACAAAACAGGAUUCAUGCAUUUGGAAGACACCAGCCUCUCCAUCUCCACAGAAGGCCAAAGUUCUUAGUCGACACUUCCUCAGAGCCAUGCGUUGGAAACACCCGGAAAAGUUGAACCAUUUCAUCUUGCAUCAUGACAAUGAGCCACCCCACACUUCAAAAGUGACCACAAGUCACAUAGAACAUCUAGGAAUUAAUCUACUAGAUCAUCCUCCUUAUUCACCGAACUUGUCGCCAAAUGACUUUUACCUGUUUCCGACACUGAAACGUGAAUUGCGGGGUUUAAAGAUGAAUUCAUUUUCAGAACUUCGUAAGAAAGUGUUGAAUGUACUGAACGAAAUUCCCAAAGAUGACUAUCGUAAUUCACUUUUAUCCUGGGGUAAGUUUGAAAACCACCAUCAAUUGACUCAUAAGCUCGAUACCCUGGGAGUCUACCCAUUAGCAUCCCAGUGGAUCAAGUCAUUUCUCAACGAACGUUCCCAAAGAGUACCGGUAGUUGUGGACGGCUUCACCUCAGAUGAACUUCCUAUUCUUUCUGGGGUUCCACAAGGAUCAGUCAUUGGCCCUAAGACAGUUGUCUUUUCCUAG